CUCUUCCAAAGCAACUCAAAAGCUCCAAAAUUUCUGUGAAUCUCCCCAAGAACACUUUUUGGAUCUUUAAUUCGAAGUGAUCGGCAAUGAAGAAUCCGACACUCUUUGCUCCAAAAAGUCCACACUUUUUCCAGCCUAUUCUUCCCGGUUUCAAGAGCCACAUCAAAAUCCCUGUGAAGUUCUUCUCCAAGCAUAUAGAGGGAAAACACGAGGGAAAUACUGUCUAUUUGAGAUCAUAUCCUUCGAGGAGAACGUGGAAAGUGAAGAUGGAGGGCCAUAAACUCACUGAAGGUUGGAAAGAGUUCGUGGAGGCACAUGAUCUUCGAGUCGGUGACUUCGUCGUCUUCAAACACAAAGGAGACAUGUUGUUCCAUGUGACUGCUAUAGGACCCAGUUGCUGUGAAGUCCAAUACGCACCAUCUCGUAGCCACGACAGAAACGAAGAGAGUGAUGAAAUUGGGGAAUCUUCAAGAAAUGAGAAAAUUAUUGAGGAGAAUGUGAAAACAGAACCUGAUCAGUUUUCACCAGAUCUAACAUGUUUUAGCCAAUCUGUGACCGCUUCAAACCUAACGAGAGAUUUAGUGGGUAUUCCCAGAGAUUUCGCAAAGCGAUAUGGUUUGAACAUAGGUAGGCAUGAGAUAGUUUUGAUGGACGAAGAAGGAAAUACAUGGGAAUCAGAAGUUAAAAGUUACAAGUCUGGUCGGGUUUUUAUAGCUGGAGGUUGGACAAGUCUCUGCACUGCAAAUAAAUUAGAAGUUGGAGAUUCUUGUACAUUUAAACUGCUCCGCAACCCGAAAAUUCCCGUGUUUCGGCUCUGCAGCCGCCCAAAGGCUGGAGCAGAGGCUCGGCCACACAAGAGAUCUCGAGUCCAAAGUAGCAGCGGGGGGAGUAGACAGAAGCAUGACGUGAGGCAGAAGUUAGAUGAAGAAGGAGGGCCAUCUCGUUGCACUCGGUCAUCUAACAAGGCUACUGGUGAUCAAGAAAAGUUGCAGCAAACGCAAUCUUGCUUUAUCUUUGAUCAUGUGGCUAAGGUGAAACAGAGCGUUGAAGAUACUUUAAAUAGUAUUAGACGGUUCCGGGCUAAACUCGAGACAAAGGAACAUAAUUUGGAAGCUUUGUUACAGGAAACGAAAACUAAGUUAUGAUUUGAAACAUGAUCUACGCAUGUAUGGAGCGUUAGGUUGGACUUUUUAUAGCACUCUCCCACGUAAUAUUAAACUACUAGCUACAAUGGGGGAUCAAGAAAGCACAUUCGUUUUAGGGUUUAAUUUAUUUUAG